AUGAUCAUUUUAGUCGCUUUAUUCCAAUUGAUCAGCUUAGCGAAUGCUCGAACGCGAUGUGUUCGCGUUAAAGGGAAGUUGAACUGUGCCACAGAUCAAACGAAAACUCAAAAUAUCGAGGUGACACUCUACGAUGAAGACGAUCUUCUUUGGGAAACAGAUGACUUGAUGGGGCGGAAUGCAAGUGAUGGGAAUGGCGAGUUCGUGGUCGAAGGAUGUGGCUAUGAUUUUGAUUUCUUUUACUGGAAUGAUCCUGAACCAUUCAUCGUUAUCUCUCAUGAAUGCCAUUCGGCAUUGCCACAAUACUUACUGCAACAAUCGUUAACCAAACAAAUAAGGAUACCAUUAGAUCAAACGUUCUUACCGAAUGAGCUCGACAUCGGUGAGAUUCGAUUAGAUUUAACAAAUUAA